UUAGGUUAUGGCAACAUCGCUCCCAAGACAUCAUGGGGCAAAAUGGUCACUAUCCUCUACGCCAUUAUUGGAAUACCGCUGAUGCUUCUAUGUUUGUCCAACAUCGGGAAUGCAAUGGCACAUUCUUUUAAGUUCAUCUACUGGAAGGUUUGCUGUUUCCUCUGCGUUAAGCCACACAAAAGGCGAAGAGAAACCAAAUCUUCCUUUCGUCAGAGCGCUCGUUAUUUGGCUGGCCGGAACCCUCUCUCGGACUUUGAAGACACUAUGAGUGGAAGUAGUUACCAUACUGCCCCAGGAGAUGGUUUAUCAGGGAGAGAUUACACUUCCCAUUCCCCUACUUCUCCCACGUCUCCUACUUCUAUCGGACGAAGCACUCCCCGUUUUCCAGCAUCCCCACCAUUAUCCCCCACUCGAAAAAUACUGUACAAUGACCCUGAUGACACCAAACAAGCGCCGGUGAUAACUAACAAGUACGUGCUGCAGGGUAGGGAGGAUUUUCUUUUGGGGUCUUCUACAUCACCUAGGGUUCGAACCGAGCAGCCUAGUUUAUACAGCCAACCAAACAACUCUCAUCGUGUAGACCAAUGUAGUUGGGGAAACCGUCGUCAGGGGGAGCCAGCAGAUCUGGACCUAAUGGAGGAGGAAUCUGGGUCCGAGGAUAGCGACGAUGGAGAAGAAGUCACUGUUCCUAUCUGGCUCUGCUCGGCAGUUGUAAUUGGUUACAUUUGUGGCGGAGCGGUACUUUUCACUAUAUGGGAGGGUUGGAACUUUUUAGAUAGUUCUUACUUUUGUUUCAUUACUUUAACAACUAUUGGGUUUGGAGAUCUAGUCCCGGGCACAGCCGUUUUAUCCGAAGAUGCCCAGUUGACCCUUGGUUUGUGCGCCCUCUACCUACUAUUUGGCAUGGCCCUUUUAGCGAUGUCCUUCAACUUGGUACAAGAGGAGGUCACGAGGUCUGUAAAGUGUGUGGGACGGAGAAUCGGAAUACUCUCGGAAGAAGACGAUGACGACAACUGAAGCUAAACCCGUUGUUAUUUCAAGACACCCGGAUGUCAAGCUCAGCAGUUUGAUAUCAUUGCUAGCUGAAUGAUUUCGUCACGAGAUACGUAGCAUCCGUGAAAUAAAAAACCAAUAUUGCGAGAAAGGGUAAUCAACAUGUAAAAUGUUAGUGGAAUGUUGUGGGCUCCAGGCCCGGAUGUGUAAGGAAACUGAUUAGCUGUAAAAGGCAAUAAACAUAAGAGUAAUCCACAAGAU